UCAGAGCUGAGGAGUCAGCAGUGGGUGCUGUGAGACUUAACUCCUUUGCAUCCCAGCAAGAUACCAAUCCUGAAAAUUCAUCUUUAAGGGGAUGAAUAAUCAAUAUAUUCGCCGGGAAGUCUUCUGCUGUGAAACUUGUCAUGAGCUCAAAAGCUUCUGGGAAAAAGAAAUUAGCAAGCAGACUUGCUACCGGGAACUAGAGGAAGAUCGUCAGGGAAGGAGUGCCUUGAGGAAACUUAGGGAAGAAUGGAAACAGAGGCUGGAGAAAAGGUUGAGGAUGAUGGACAGCUCUGAUGAGAAGGAAAAGCAGACAAACACCUUGGACUGAGAGUGGCUGCCUUGUUGACUUCAAAGAAAACAAGCCAUCAUGGUUACUCUUCAGGGAGAAAAAACAAACACCCAAGUCAUGUUGAGGAACUAAACAGUGAUUCUCUAUUUACUCUCCCAUUUGUGAGAGGAUUUGCAUGUGAAACCUCCCCCAGUGCUAAUGGCAGUCAUUAUCCUACUCAAUCCUCUCUACACAGAGAGGACAGGAUGUCUGCCAAUGGGAUAUUGAGCUUGGCUCAUUUAAUGUAAAAAGCUCUUGGAAUUAACACUCACCAUGUUUCAAAAGUCCAUGUAAUUUGAUUUAUUUCCACAUUUUCUUAUUAUUUUGAUAUUUGAAUGUUUUAUCUAAGCUUUACAAGAGCAAUUUCCUUGAUGGGAAUCUGGCUUCCUAAGUCUUUUGGAAAAACAGCCACACAUUUUUUUAUCCCAUUUCCCCUUUUUUGGUGAAAACUGAAAUGCAACUAUUUACAAAAGCAAAGCAAUUAUUAUAAAACAAUUUAUU